AUAAAGACAAGUGUGAUGGAGCGGGCGGGUCGUCGUGCCAAGGCGGGCUCGCUGAGCGGGCUGUCGGGCGGGCCGGCGAGCGCGACGCCGGCCGUGCGGCGCCAGCGCUCGCUCGAGUGGGCCGGCGACCGGUACAGCAGCAGCGACGAAGACCGCCCGCAAAAGACACAGCUCGACGACAGAGUGUUCGCCUCGUUACUCGCCCAUGCGACUCAACAGUUUGACAAUGAACAACGUCGCAUAUACGGGUCAGAAAACGGGGAGGGCCCUCCACGGUACAUCAGUAGUCCUCAACGACAAGCUUCGCCUUUUCCUCUCGAAAGUACAAAUCGACGUUUUUAUAGAAGAAAUCGAAACUCGAAUGGCGAAGAGAUAUUUAGCGGCGAGACGGCAGGGGGCACCCUGUCUCGCCGCAACCGACGGGCGGACGAUUUCCCUCACGAAGCCAACGAGCGCGCCAAUCGACUCUGCCAUAUGAAUGGCCCCUCAAGUGGCGCUCAAAGCGAGCGUGAGUGUGAGUCCCCUCCGGAGCCUGCGCCGCCGGAGGUGCCUCCUCGAGGGCCCUCCUUGCACGUCACUCUCCGACAUCGUCCGGCCCCCGACCAGCCCGCGGAUUCUGACCGCCUCUUCCUGUCUGAAGAAUUCGUGAUGUCGGAAGGUGGCCACGGCGGUUCUGGUACAUAUCCUGCUCGUUCACCAAUUUCCAGCUCCACAACGGGACAUUCCAGUUCUAGCCACAGGUACACGUCAUCGAGCGUGACUAACGAAUGGCUCGCCCUUCAGACCCUAAAUUCAGAGUCGAUGGGCGGCACGGGCAUGUCGAGCGGGAUGGGCGGCGGCACGCUGGGACACUGCCAGCUCGCAAACCAGCCUCUCGUGAUGCCAGUGUUCCCCCUGCGAGCCAGCCAGCCCAGUCCAGUGCCCGUCUACUCCCCCUCCCGCUUCCACAUCGACAAACGAUGUCAACAUCGAUGCACGUGGAAGUGCUUGGCCAUAGCUAUGAUAUGCCUCUGCGUUAUCCUAGCGGCCAUGCUCGCCUAUUUUAUAGCAUUAUCGUCAAUUAAAAGUAAUAUAGACAAUUCUAAUUGUAUUCUGGUACAAGAUGUAAAAGCAGUCACUCACUCACACGGAAUAAGAGACGCUUUAUCAACAUCCUCACCAUCAGAUGAAUCAAUAUCAACUUCAUCAUUAGGGUGGUCAACGACUGCAGAAGCAGCAUUAGAAUCAGCAGUAAUACCUCAACAAGCACAACAAGCUGCCCCACCACCUUGGUCACCAGCUCUAGAAGUAAGAGACUUUGAUGAACUUCAUAGUGCUACAAUACCCGCUUAUCAAUUUUGGAGUUCGGAAUUUAGAAACAAACAACCUGCAUUUGUUAGUCUUAAUUUUACGGUACCCUGGGGUGCCAAUUUUGCCGUCUAUGGAAGAAGAAAUGUGGCUCCGAGUGUAACUCAAUAUGACUUUGUGGAAUUUAUCCGAGGCGGCAGAGUUGAUCAUCGACUAAGAAGAAGAAGAAGCCCGCACAGACACGACUCAUUUGAACGUACUUUAGAUGACUGGGACGCGUUAUUAAGCACGCUUAGUCCAUAUCAAAGAUGGAACCACACGAUUACUAAGCGAUCUACAGAUAUGAGGGUAAAUGUUAGUAUACUACAAUACCUUGACACGGGAAGAUGGUUUAUAUCGAUAUAUAACGACGAACUUCAGCCACAUCAUGUCGAAAUGAUUGUUUCCGAAGCAGAAGGUGUCACAAACUCUUGUCCCGAUGAUUGUUCUGGUCAUGGGUCUUGCUAUCUUGGAAAAUGCGAUUGCAUGGACGGAUUUGAAGGACACGAUUGCUCGAAAAGUGUAUGCCCUGUACUUUGUUCAGCUCACGGCGCUUACGCAGGUGGUAUAUGUCACUGUUCUGAAGGAUGGAAAGGAGCUGAAUGCGAUAUUCCAGCUCACGAUUGCGAACCUGCCGAUUGUUCUGGUCGUGGACAAUGUAUCGCCGGGCAAUGCCAUUGUAAGCCUGGUUGGAAAGGCACAAAAUGUGACGAAGAGGACUGUCUGGAUCCUACUUGUGGCAAUCAUGGUUCUUGCGUCCGCGGUCGUUGCGUGUGCCGUGCAGGUUGGCGAGGCGCUGCCUGUACAGAACGUGAUGCACGCGUCCAGCGGUGUCUACCUGCUUGUUCUCAGAGAGGUGUAUAUGACUUGGAUGCGGGGAGAUGUGUAUGUGACCCACUGUACACUGGCGACGAUUGCUCUCAAGUUGUAUGUUCGUUGGAUUGCGGACCACACGGAGUAUGUGCGGAAGGCGUUUGUCGGUGCGAUGACGGCUGGACUGGGUCACUGUGCGACCAACGACCCUGUGACAGUCGUUGUCACGAACAUGGCCAAUGCAAAAAUGGAACGUGUGUUUGCACGCAAGGGUGGAAUGGCAGGCAUUGCACAUUACCCGGUUGUCCGAACGGUUGCACCCGCCACGGUCAGUGUCUGCUGGAAGACGGCGUGUACCGGUGCUCGUGCGCCGACGGCUGGGCUGGCACCGACUGCUCCAUCGCGUUGGAACUGUCCUGCAGCGACAAUGAAGAUAACGACGAAGAUGGCAUGACGGACUGCUCGGACUCUGAGUGCUGCAGCCGGCCAGAAUGCACCGAGCAUAUAAUGUGUUUGGCGUCCAACGACCCCGUCGAAGUGUUGCUACGCAAGCAACCUCCAUCAGUCACCGCGUCCUUCUACCAACGCGUCAAAUUCCUUAUCGAAGAAAAUUCUGUCCAAAGCUAUGCGCACAUGGACGAAUACUCUGAAGGCCGAGUGUCGGUGAUGCGCGGGCAGGUAGUGUCGCCGCAGGGGCUCGGCAUCAUCGGGAUCAGGGUCUCCGUCGACCGGGAGGCGAGAUUCGGAUUCACGCUCACGAGACAGGGUGGAUGGUUCGACGUGCUGGUAAACGGCGGUGGCGCUGUCACCUUACAGUUCCAGAGGUCGCCCUUCAAGCCUCUCCGGAAGACGGUCUUCGUGCCUUGGAAUCAGAUUGUAGUUCUGCCAGCAGUACAAAUGGAGCUCAGCGAUGACAGCAUAAAAGUACCUACACCGAGGUCACCCCCUCGUCUGGAUUGGUCCCCGAUGCCACAAUGGUGGGAGUCUGAGACGCCGCCAUGCAGCGCUCACGAUCAUGAACGCCUCAGACCGGAAGUAGUGGCUAUGCCAGCGUUGGCUGCACCCGCGGUCUCUUCUCCUACCACGACCACAGUCAUUUAUCCAGAGGCACAGAUCGUAAGCGAGUCUAUCGGAAUACCAGGUUCUUCGGUAAAACUUACCUACCGUUCGUCACAAGCAGCUGGUUACCUUUCGUGCGUCCACAUCCAGCUAACGAGAAGAAUAGUUCCCGCUUCUCUCACUCGCGUUCACGUACGAGUGGAGAUCGAGGGCUCUCUUCACACGCAUACCUAUGAAGCCGACCCAGACUUGACUCAUGUCUUCGCUUGGAAUAAAAGAAAUGUUUACAAACAGAAGGUUUACGGACAAGCACAAGCCAAAAUAUCGAUUGGUUACGAAUACACAACGUGUUCAUCAGUUGUAUGGGAAACGCAAACAGCUACUCUCGCCGGAUUCGACGUUGACAUUUCUGAUAUUGGUGGAUGGGGCUUGGACAUACAUCACCACUAUAAUUUCCAUGAAGGCAUACUGCAAAAAGGAGAUGGCGCCUUAUUACAUCUGAAACAAUAUCCGAGAACUGUGCAGGUUGUAAUGGGUACAGGACUUCAGAGAUCCCUAAAUUGUCCUGACCACUGCAAUGGUAAGGCAGCCGAUUCACUCCUGUUGACGCCAACUGCGCUUACUUCAGGACCUGAUGGAUCUCUCUAUGUUGGAGACUUUAAUUUCGUACGUCGUAUAACUCCUGAGGGAGUGGUAACUACGGUACUGCAAUUGGAAACAACCCAAGUCGCAUAUCAAUACUACAUCUGCAUUUCACCAGCAGAUGGAUAUCUUUACAUAUCAGAUUCAGAACGACAUCAAGUUCGAAGAGUGGUAGUGUUGGACAAGGUUCGUGAUCCAGCAGCUAAUUCUGAACCAAUAGUAGGCAACGGUGAUCGAUGUGUACCUGGAGAUGAUUCCAACUGUGGUGAUGAAGGACCUGCCAUUAAAGCCAAGUUGGCCCACCCGAAAGGUCUCGCUAUAGCAGCAGAUAGAACGAUGUACAUUGCAGAUGGAACUAAUAUCCGAGCUGUUGAUCCCAGUGGUAUUAUCCAUACACUUGUAGGCCACCAUGGACAUCAUAAUCAUUGGUCACCGGUUCCUUGUAGAGGCGCUAUUGCUCCAUAUGAAGCUCAACUACAAUGGCCAACAGGGGUUGCCUUGUCUCCACUCGACGGGUCACUGUACUUUAUUGACGACCGAAUCAUACUCAAAUUAACCGUCGACAUGAAAAUCAAAGUUGUUGCUGGUCAACCAUCUCAUUGUCGACUUGGAAGUGAUGGUAAACCAAUCACGAAACCUACAAACAGAACAAAUACGGAAUUCAGAGAAGACUCCAGUUUAGGCACCAUUUUAGCAAUAGCAUUCGCACCCAGCGGAGUCCUUUACGUAGCUGAAUCUGAUUCCAAGAAGACCAAUACGAUAAAAACAAUUGAUCCAUCUGGGAAAAUUAUGCACUUCGCUGGAAAAUUACAAGAAAAUUUGAAAGAGCUUAGCUGUGAAUGCAAUUCGUCUAUUUCGGCAACAGUUGUGCCCAUAAAUCCCCGUGACGAAGGCGCAGGAUGUCCUUGCAGGCUGAGUGUUGCAGCUGGAGAUGAACCACCAACUAAUACCGAAACUCUACUAUCAUCAAAUGCUAAAUUCCAAACAAUUUCUGCAUUAGCGGUUACGCCGGAUGGUGUACUUAAUGUUGUCGAUCAAGGGUCACUUCACAUUUUGGCUUUGAAACACUAUUUGCCCUCUCAUGAUGAAAAUGGAGAAUUUAGAAUACCAUAUCCGCCUACGUCAGAGAUUUACGUCUUUAAUCGAUAUGGACAACAUAUAACGACCAAAGAUUUAACAUCUGGAAAGACUAGAUAUUCAUUUUUAUAUUCCAAAAAUACUAGCUUCGGUAAAUUAUCUACAGUAACUGAUGCGUCGGGUAACAAAAUUCAGCUUUUACGAGAUUAUAGUAACAUUGUUAGCUCUAUUGAAAAUACUCAAGAUCAUAAACUGGAACUGAAAAUAUCCGGAAUUGGUUAUUUAACAAAAUUAACUGAAAAGGGAUCCGCGGGAAUUGAGCUAGAUUACGACGCAAAUACUGGCUUACUUAAUAGUCGAUCAGGGGCGGGUGACACUGUAAUAUAUAAUUAUGACGAACUUGGACGAGUGACGAAGAUUAUUAUGCCUUCAGGAGAACAGGUGCACAUAACUUCUGGACUAGCCAAAAAUUACGGUCUAGCAGUUACAGUUUCAAAUCCAACCAGUACUAUUCCGGUAGGGGUAUCGAAGAAAUGUGAAUACGUCCUCCAUGGACAGUCCUUCAAACAAAUCACUAUUAACAAUGGAAAACAAAUUACUGAAGGUCGCAUGUUUACGAACAACACUUUAGUAAUCGAUACACCUUGGUCAGGAAAGUUUGAAAGUAUUGCAGCUGCAAAGCAUCCUUUACUCGAAGCUGCUUUACCAAUCGAAGCUGAAAUGCUGCAUAUGUGGUCACAUCAGACAACAACGUUUGGAGAUGGAUUAGUAAACAAUAUGUAUUCAUUGUAUACUCUGGUAGGUGAUGUAAGGAACCCACAGCAAACACUAAACAGAGAGAUUUGGGUGAAUGACUCGAGAGUCUUAAUUAUUGAAUUUGACCAAUUUAAAAGCAGGGAAACCUUCUUUAAUGCAGACCGGAUACCUCUUUUUACCACUGCUUACGAUGUUGCUGGUUUGCCGUUAUCGUUUACGCCUCAUGGGGCUGGAGUCCCGCUUAAUAUAUCCUACGACAGAUUUUAUAGAAUUAAUGGUUGGAAAUGGGGUGUCACUGAAGAAUCCUAUAAUUAUGACCCACAUGGUAUGCUGUCCGAAAUAACAAGUCCACAAGAUGGCACAAAGUUCAUUUACUACAACGAUGGUAACCUCGUCUCCAAAAUUACACUAGCAAGUCAAAGGAGUUUCAAAUAUUCAUACGACGGUGAUGGUGGAUUAACUCAUGUGAUACUACCAUCAGGAACGAAUCACUCAUUUAGUGUACAACCUUCUAUAGGGUUUUUGCGCGUCACCUACACACCUCCAGGCUCGUCGAAGAAGUACUUGCAACACUAUUCGCAUACUGGGGAACUGUUGCAAACGGUUUUCCCAGGUGAUGGAGCUAGAAUUAUUUACAGAUAUUUUACGACCAAUAAAAUAUCGGAAGUUGUCCACGGAGAUGGUCAAACUCAAAUUCAUUACUCUGAAAAUAGUGGCUUGCCAUCUGAAAUAUUGCAUGUAGACCGUGAUGUUGACUAUAGAUGGGAAUCCACUUAUGCCGGUGGUUUACUUAUAGAAGAAAGGCUCGAUUAUGGCGCCAAGACUGGAUUAAGCAAUGCUAAAAUAAUUUAUGAAUAUGACAAUAAUUACAGAACAACUGCGGUUCAAGGUCGUAUUGGUGGACAAACGCUGAUUCCACAUCACAUAAUAUACAAUAGCAAAACUGGUGCCCCAGAAGUUUUAGGACAAUUUACUGUAUCUAAACAAAAAUGGAAUGAGACCUCAGUGUAUGACGGCAUCGCCAUGUUCUCUAGAACUCUUAAUAAUCAGUUUCUUGAAAAAGAAAUAACAGUUAAUAUUCAUAGGAUGGAAGUGUUCCGAAUGGAGUUCUCUUAUGACCGCCACGGCAGGAUUUCUCAAACUCGAACUCACACUAGAAAUGUAGGGGUGAACACUUACACCAACGUAAAGAAUUACACUUGGGACUGCGAUGGUCAAUUAACAGGCGUGGAAGCACAAGAGCCCUGGGGUUUUAGAUAUGAUGAUAAUGGUAAUAUGCUAUCACUAACUUACAGAGGCAAUACGAUUCCCAUGGAGUACAAUGACAUGGAUCGUAUCAUCAAGUUCGGAGAAGGUCAAUAUCGUUACGACAGUAGAGGAUUCGUUUUCCAAAAUGCUAGAGAAGAAAGAUUCCAAUACAACGCUAAAGGACUACUCAUUAGAGCCACAAAACGAGGAAGAUUUGAUGUUCGAUAUUACUACGAUCAUCUGGACAGACUAUCAACAAGAAAAGAUAACUUCGGUAAUGUCACCCAAUUCUUUUACACGAACAAGGAUAAACCUCAUGAAGUCAGUCAUAUUUAUUCACCUCGCGAGAACAGAUUUAUGACACUCGUUUACGAUGACAGAGGUCACCUUAUCUACACUCAGGUUGCCCGCCACAAGUAUUACAUUGCCACUGAUCAAUGUGGAACACCUGUAAUGGUCUUUAAUCAGUACGGAGAAGGCAUUCGGGAAAUUAUGAGAUCGCCUUACGGGCACAUAGUAUACGACUCAAAUCCGUACCUGUACCUACCUGUAGACUUCUGCGGUGGACUGCUAGAUCAAGUGACAUCACUUGUUCAUAUGGAACACGGAAAAGUGUACGAUCCCCUUAUUGGACAAUGGAUGUCCCCUCUUUGGGAAAAUCUUAUAGAACGAAUUCACAAUCCUACACAACUGCAUUUAUAUAGAUUUAAUGGAAAUGAUCCUAUUAACGUACGGCCACAAAAUAAAAAACCAACAGAUCACUUAUCUUGGCUGAAACUACUAGGCUAUGAUACAAAGAGCUUGGCACCUCAACUUUACCCUGAUGAACUACCUGGAGGUUCUAUAUUACCCAGUAUUCCUCGGGGUCGUCCAGUGUGGGGCACUGCACCUGUCGAUGGCGGGCCAGGUCUUCCUUCAGCGAUGUCACUGCUGCCAAGCGUCAUGAUCGAAUCAGGAUUUUUAUCACAUAUGGCAAACAAGAGGAUCGCUGAUUUCCGAAGCCUAUCUAUACCGGCCAUGUCCGCGCUAAAAACCGAUGGUCUCAAUCUUGCACCGAAACGAAUCGGUUCCGACUCCGAGCCACCUUUCGGACGCGGAAUUUUGAUUUCAAGAAAUUCAAGAGGACGAGCAGUCGUGAGCACUGUUCCUUCUGCCAAUGCCAUAUACCGAGACGUAUACACAUCAGUCUUCAACAGAUCCCACCUACUGCCUUUCUCCUUCGUAGUUCAUGGGGACCAGCAAGAUGUAUUUUACUUCGUCAAAGAGGAUACUUGGCGUGCAGCCGACGACAAACAACAGCUGAAACGAAUGCAAGGAAAAUUAAACGUCACCUUCCACGAAGUAGCCGAAGGCGGCCGCUCCUACGCCGAUGUAAAGAUUCACGGACAAACGAGCAUCAUCAACCUGAGAUACGGCACCAGCGCCGAGCGGGAGCGGCAGCGCCUGCUGCACCACGCGCGCGCGGCCGCCGUGCGCAAGGCGUGGCACCGCGAGCGCGAGGCGCUGCGCGCGGGGCUGGGCGGCGCGCUGGACUGGGCGGCGGCGGAGCUGGACGAGAUCCAGAAGGCGGGCUCGGCGGCGGGCUACGAGGGCGAGUACGUGCACGACGUGGCGCGCUACCCCGAGCUGGCCGAGGACCCGUACAACGUGCGCUUCGUGAAGAAGCGCGCCGACCGCGCCGAGCGCCGGCGCCGGAAGCGCGAGGACUGCCGCGCGCCGUGGUGGCUCGCCUGGGACGGCCUCUGCUAGUGACGUGUCGCCAUCCAUAUGCCAAAUCGUAUGAAUGUAAAUUCGAUGUGUGUGAACGGUGAUGGACGAACGUAUAUAUGUGCGUGUGUGAAGAUAUAUUUUGUAAAUAGUCUCUAUUAAUUGUUAAUUGUUGAUGUAUGUAUGUACGUAGAUGCGAAUCCCUAUCGCUGUGUAAAUAUUUAAUUUUAAUUUGCAGGGAGAGAAUGGACCUUUUGAGAGGACUGAUAUAAAAUAAAUGUAUUGUAUGUAUAAAUAAGACGAUCUAUGUGAAUAUGAAAUUAUUUAUACUUAUUUAUCGGUAAAAAGCUUCAAUUGUGUCCAAUGUUCUUAUAAAAUUAGAUGAAGACUAUUUGAAAGAAUAAUAAAAAAAGCAUACUUUUUUAACCAAAUCAA